AUGCCUCGGGGGCGGAAGAGUAAGCGCCGAGCCCGUGAGAGACGCCGCCGGGCCCAAAGGCAGGCUCAGAGGCUCCAGGGUGCUCAGGCCCCUGCGGCAGAGGUGGAAGAGUCCCCCUCCUCUGCUGCUUCGGAAAGUUCUUCCCUGAGCUCCCCUUCUCCUGGCCCAUUCCAGGAGCCUCAGGGAGCCACAGCCACUUGCUCUCCUGAGGCAGAUGUCUCAUGCCCAAGGUCUGGUGAUGGUGCCAAGAGCCAAGAUGAGGAAAGUGCAAGUGCCUCCGGGGCGGCGCCCAGCACUUCCAGUCCCCGCAGGAGCCCUCUAGAUCAGAAGGCAUUUCUGUUGGUGCAAUUCAUGCUGCGCAAGUAUAACCUGAAGGAGCCCAUAACAAAGGAAGACAUGAUGAAGCAUGUCAUCAAACAGCACCAGCACUACUUCCAUGAGAUCCUCAAGAAAGCCUCCGAGCUAAUGGUGCUGGCCUUUGGCAUUGAUGUAAAGGAAGUCGACCCUGCCAGGCACUGCUAUGGCCUGGUCAACAAGUUGCGCCACGCUGGCGAUGAGAGCCUGAGGGGAGAGAUCAUGCCCAAGAUGGGCCUCCUGAUGACCAUCCUCUGUGUGAUCUUCAUGAAGGGCGACUGUGCCAGUGAGCAGGAGAUCUGGGAUGUCCUGAAUGCGAUGGGUGUACAUGCUGGAAAGGAGCACUUCGUCCACGGGGAGCCCAUGAAGCUCAUCACAGAAGACCUGGUGCAAGAAGGUUACCUGGUGUACCGCCAGGUGGCUGGCAGCAAUCCUCCACACUACCAGUUCCUGUGGGGCCCACGGGCCCAUGCCGAGAUAACCAAGAUGGAAGUCCUGAAGUUCUUAGCCAAGCUGCACGAUACCCACCCCGGUGCCUUCCCAGUCUGGUACGAGGAGGCGCUGAGAGAUGAAGAAGAGAGAACCCGAGCCAGAUUUGCAGCUAUGGCUCGCACCGGGGCCCCGGCCAGUGUGCCUUCCAGGGCCAAUUUCAACAGGUUCUCCCACAUGUAUUGA